GCUUUUGGUCACAGCUCUUGAAAAGUGUACCACAUGGUCAGUGAGUGAAAACCAGGAAUGAUGAACAGCCGCGCGUUCUGCCUCUCCGUGGUGCUCUACCUGAUUCCAAAUACGUCGGCUGAAUACUCCACCAAAACUGAUUCGGAGUACGAGUUCGGUGAUUACCGUGGCAAGUGGUGCAUGGACGACCACGGAUUUGUGUAUAGCAUCGGGGAGCUGUACUAUCCCAGUCCGUCUGCUUGUCCGUGCACCUGCACCGAAGACGGACCGGUGUGUUUACGGCCCAAGUGUCCUCGCAUUCAUCCUCGAUGUACACGAAUUAAAUACAAGUCCUGCUGUCCGGUGUGUGAGGCAAUUAGUAAAGUGUGUGUGUAUGGUGGCAAGACGUACAGAAUACUUGAGGAAUUCAAGUUGUCUUCGUGUGAGAGAUGUCGUUGCGAGCCCAAUAGGGAGGUUUACUGUUCCAUCUCUGACUGUCCUGCUCCACACUGUGUCAACCCGGUAUACGAGCCCAACCACUGUUGUCCUGUGUGCAAAACUGGUCCCAACUGUUUUGCGGGAAACAGAGUGAUCUCAGCUGGGGAGCGGGUGGAGAUGGACGACCAGUCGGUGUGUUACUGCACCUACCGGGACGGCACCUGGCAGACACACCCCCAGGCCACAUGCGAACACCGCCCACUGCCGGACCCCGGUCUCAGCCCGGUGCCCAGCCCCCCCGGGGAAGGUGAGACCAAGCAGAUGGACAGGGACUUCAGCCCCAGGCUGGACUGGAUCCCGUGAGCAGCCAGGGCAGGAGGGUAAUGGCGUGCCAAGGGGGAAACGGGUGGAUGGGGCAGGUGGUUUUCCGUGCCCUGGAGAGCCACCUACAUAGGGCCAAGGAUGAUUUUACUGCACCACGGUAAUACCAUCUAGUACUGUUUACACACCACAUACACACGUUAUGAUAGUUCACAGCAGGAACCUCUAAGGAGCACGUUUCUCACUUCUAGUUUUGUCUAAGGGCUGUAGGCAGAUGCUUAGGGGUAGAGAUGGUUGCUACAUUGACCUUUCUAUUAAUCUCAGGUUUUUAUAUAUAAUAUAAACACACACAGGUGCAUCUAAAAAAAAAAAAUAUUGUGGAAGAGUUCAUUUUUUCCCAAUAAUUCAAAUCAGGGUGACAACCAUAUAGUCUAGAUUCAUUACACCUAGUGAAACAUGCCAAGCUUUUUUUGGUCUUGAUUAUGGCUUACAGCUCAUGGAAAUCAAAUCCAGUAACUCUAAAUAGAAAAAUGUACAAUACUGAAAUGUCAACCUGAGAAGACCUCCAAUCAGCUAAUUAACUUCCCGGACCUUCAAUCUUUUUCUGAUUCACUACCAGAAUCAAGGGGACGACAGCUGACUUCACAGUAGAAUAUAUGCUGUUACUUUUUGAUUAGAAUUACAGGGGGGAAUGUACUUUUCCACAAUAUCAUUUUUGUGAUGCACCUGUAUAUUCUUGACCACACCAGGUUUCCUCUGCAUGUUUCUUUGACCCGUUUUCUCCAAUAACCUUUGGAUAUCUUUUUAUUAUUCUACCUUUAAUAGGAUGUACCCUCUAAACACGUGUUAAUUUCCCUGUGGUUUCAUGAUGUGUAGCAUUAAAGGCAUAUUGUAAAAUAAAUCUCACAGGUAUAAAUCAUUGCAGAUUUUGCAUUUUUGAACACAAAUCUUGACCGAUGAAGUGAGAUGCUUGAUCUCUAACUCCUCACUCAACUCCCUCUAGUGGUUGGAAACAUUUUAUCUAGGGGCUCUUCACGAGGUCACCCAUUCGCAUCAAUCUGUGCAAAUUUGCUCAAGCUCAAUUUUAGCCCUU